AUGAAGACAAAACAUUAUCAACAUGUCCUUGCCCUGAUUUUUGCAAUUGAUGAAAUUAAUAAGAAUCCAGAACUCCUGUCCAAUAUCACUUUGGGUUUUCAUAUAUAUGACAAUCUCUUUUGUUCAAAGACAACAUAUGAGACCAUGCUGGACCUAUUGUUCCCGACAAAAAGGAUAACAUCCAAUUAUAAAUGUGAUCGGAAACAUGUAUUAUCUGUUAUUGGAUGUUUUACUGUUGAAAACAGCAUCCAAAUGGCCACCAUAUUAAGUAUCUACAAGAUUCCACAGCUGACUUAUGGUGAAUAUCAGCCUGAAUCAAGCAGUAAAACUGAUUUUCCAUCUUUACAUUGGAUGGUGCCCAGAGAAUCUAUUUUAUAUAGAGGGAUAAUCCAUUUACUCUUGAACUUCCACUGGAAAUGGAUUAGCCUUAUUGUUUCUGAUGAUGAUGAUGGAGAAAACUUUGUGCAGAAACUGACACCCAUACUGGUCCAAAAUAACAUAUGUAUUGCCUUCCUGAAAAGACAAACAACAAACAAAUAUCUUGCUGCCAGUUACACAAAUAUUGAAAAUACUAUAAAAUCAAUGAAAACACUUUACUCAACAGAUGCCAGUAUAAUUAUUCUCAAUAUGGGCUCUGAAUUAAUUGAUAUUUUAAUAUAUUAUUUAGAAGAAAUUGAAAUAAUGUUCAAAGAACAUUUAGGAAAAAUUUGGAUCAUGCCAGUCCAAUGGUAUUUCAGUGUAACACCUGAAAAAAAACUGCAUGGCAGAAAUAUUUUCCAUGGUUCCUUUUCUUUCUCAGUUCAAACAAGUCCAGUGCCAGGAUUUAAGGAGUUCCUUGAGAAUUUGAAUCCAAAUGGAGCAGUUCGUGAGUUCUUCUGCACUUUCUGGGAAGCUAUAUUCCAUGUAUGUGAAAUAUGUGGAAGAGAAGAGAAACUGGAGCAGCUCCCUGCAUAUUUAUUUGAGAUGGAUAUGUCUAGCGAGAGCUACACUGUCUACAACACUAUUUUUGCUAUAGCAUAUGCUUUACAUGCAGUAUACCUAUUGAAACAAAGAACCUUUUAUAGCAAAUUCCAAGGCAAGCAUAUGAAUGUUCAACCAUGGCAGAUUCAAAGUUUCCUUAAAAAUGUCAGGUUUAACAAUAGUGCUGGCCAUGAAAUCUCAUUUGCCUCUGGGGAAUUCUUUGCUGGCUUGGAUCUCAUCAAUUGGAUCACUUUCUCCAAUCAAACAUAUUCUAAAAUGAAAGUGGGAAAGCUUUCACCAAGGGAAGAAUUCACUAUAUCUGAAAAUGCUAUUCAGUGGAAUACAAGAUUAAAGCAGGUACCUCCCCAUUCAUUGUGUGUUGAAAAUUGCCAUGUUGGACAAAGCAAGAUACUUCAGGAAGGAAAACCAAUAUGUUGUUAUGAUUGUAUUCCAUGUUCAAAAGACAUGAUUUCUAACCAGACAGAUGCUGCUCAUUGUAUUCUGUGUCCCCACGAUCAAUAUCCAAACAGCAAUCAAGAUCAGUGUAUCCCAAAGUUUUUAACUUUCCUUUCUUAUCAUGAACCAAUUGGAGUUGCUUUGGCUUCUUUUGCUAUAUCCUUUGCCUUUAUCACAUGCUUUGUGAUAUUAGUUUUUAUAAAAAACUGGAACACACCCAUUGUUCGAGCUAACAAUCGGAAUCUCAGUUGGGUUCUUCUUGUCUCCUUACUUCUAUCUUACCUUUGUUCCUUGCUUUUUAUUGGCAAACCUUCUAAAGUGUCCUGCCUCCUUCAGAUAACAGCUUUUGGCAUAAUUUUUUCCAUUGCGGUUUCUUGUGUGUUGGCAAAAACAAUCAUUGUUGUUCUGGCUUUCAUGGCUACAAAACCAGGAAACAGGAUAGCAAAAUGGCUAGGACAAAAAGUGGCAAAUUCCAUUGUCAUUUCUUGCUCCCUCGUUGAAGGAGCAAUUUGUGCUGCUAGAUGGCUGAUCUCCCCUCCAUUUCCAGAUGUUAACCUGGAUUCACCAACUGGGCAAAUGGAAACAGAAUGCAGUGAAGGCUCCAUCAACAUGUUCUAUUAUGUUCUGGGCUAUUUAGCCUUUUUGGCCAUCAUCAGCUUUAUUGUAGCUUUCCUAGCCCGCAAUUUACCUGACACUUUCAAUGAAGCCAAGUUUAUCACCUUUAGCAUGCUGGUCUUUUGCAGUGUUUGGAUCUCCUUUAUUCCAGUUUAUCUGAGCAUCACAGGGAAGAAGAUUGUGAUUGUGGAGAUAUUUGCUAUCUUGGCUUCCAAUACUGGUCUUUUGACAUGCAUCUUCUUCCCCAAAUGUUACAUCAUUAUUUUCAGGCCUGAUCUCAAUACCAAAAAAGUUCAUUGA